GAGGCGGCGGUGCCAGACGUGGCGCUCACCCGCUCGCGUGACGGCUCGACCGGCACGGCAACCUUCCGGUUUGACAAUGCGACUGUCCUCAGCCUCGAUGACGUCUGGGACAAUGGGCUCCUCACCGGGCUGUGGCUGCGCGACGAGGAGGGCGAGCUGCACACCCGCGACCUGGAUGUCGAGUUCGAGCGUGGACGGCCAACCCGUGUGGUUGCGAUCCUCGUGCUCAAGAGCGUGCAGGAGUGGCAGCGUUUCAUCCGCUUCAUGGAGAGAUACGCCGAGGCCAACGACCUGUCGUAC